GCUGGGCUAGUUUUCUUCGGAAUUUAAGUGUCAGAAUAUCAUUGCCGGUUUCAGAAUCGUGACAGAUAUUUCUCUAAUAAAAUUAUAAAUGGUCCGAAACAUAAAUCAAAAGUUGAACGUUAUGCUUUUCGAUACUUUGAAAAUUAAAUGAGUCUGUGGAAUAUUUUAUCGCGAUAUACAAUGAAACGAAGUGAAAAUGCGAAUGAGGAAGAAUCGGAGGAUACCGAAACCGUUGACGAUGACGCAACCGAUAGUGAACAUUCGGCAAUGAAUGAAAAGUUACAAAUUUUUGGACUACCGAUUUAUAAGUUGUCGUAUAAACAAUUACCAAGAAAAUGUAUUAAAUUUUCCUUCCUUCUACUCAACGGUGGAGCUUUUCUCGCUGGUAUCACAGCCACCAUAAUAUCGAUAUGGAUGUUGGCGGAUACCAAACUCAUGUCAAGGCUCGUUGGACAAAAAUUGUUUGUUACAACUCUUUUAUUAAUAGGGUUAUUUUCAUCUUCUGUUGCUUUCAUCGGUAUACUCGCUUUUGUCAAGAGAAGAAAAAAGUUUUUGCUCAUAUACAUAACAAGUGUCUCGAUGUCGCUCGGUCUCAUCUUCGUAUGUGGAAUCCUGAGCUUCACUUUUUUCGAGGAAAUAACAAAAAGAGUACGAGACGAUAUGGUGAAUUCGAUCGGGAAUUAUCGAUCGUUAGAUUGGGUCACCGAGGCUUGGGACAAUACUCACAAAUACUUGAAGUGUUGCGGAAUCAAAUCGAUCAGGGAUUGGCACGAGUACCGAAUAGCCAUACCUCAAAGUUGUUGUUCGGUCUCGAUCGAUAAAUGUUUGACUAUGACCGAAGAUGUCGCCUACAGAGCCGGAUGUUUGAGAAGCGCUGUGUCUUUAUUGAAAUCCCACAUUCCCACAGUUGCUCUCUUGACUCUUUUCACGGCGAUAACUCUGAUCGCAAGUCUUUUUUUCGCCCUCGGGGUGAACAAGAGAUUCAGGAUGUAUCGUUCGAGUGAUGUUUAAAAAAGUGAUGAGAAGCCAGUGAACAAAACGAUACAAACAGUUCAAACGAAACCGGAGGUGUGUGGAAAAUAAACAUUUUGUACUCUAUUGAAAAUACGUUUUCAAACUUCGUCUUCAUUUUUUGAUUGUUGAAGAAAAACUUCUGCCGAAUGUUGCUAGAAAAAUAUAAAAACUUUUGUUUUUUUCUA